ACAGCACCGGCCGACCCGCACUUGACUCAACACUUUCCGACUCCGAGCAGCGGUCUGUGGCGCGGCUGUAACAAAGUUAACAUGAGUAUUAUCGGACGAUAGCGUAACUAAUGACAGGUUUGAGCGAUAUUAUGGAGACUCAAGACAGAAUACUGCUUUCAAAGCUUUUCCACAAGUACAGACAGGUAGAAGUUGCUUUAAACCGCAGUGUUUUGGCUUGGAAGGAAACUGAGAAGAGCACGAAACGAAGCUCUGGCAUCAGCAACAGUGCUGAAUCAGCACACAUCCAUGCUGUGCAAGUGUGUGAGAUACUGGCUGUCCACUCCAAAGAUGAUGACCAAGACAACACAGAGACCAGAAGGAGUCAGGACAAAGCAAAACAGCACUCACAAAUGUAUCCCCAUGCAUUCACAGUUUCCUACGUCAGAAGAACAAGGCAGCACCAGUGGCGCUGCAGUGAAGUAACCUUCCACUCUGCCAACCAGGCACUCUGUGAGCAGUGGAUCAAAGUUAUCAAUGAGCAACUGUCAUUACUCACCAACCGACCAAAGAGCCUUCUGGUGUACAUCAAUCCGUACGGGGGAAAGCGGCGUGGGAAGCGUAUUUACGAGCAGAAGGUGGCUCCACUGUUUGGCCGCGCCUGCAUCUCAACCGAUGUGAUUGUUACAGAUCGAGCCAAUCAUGCCAGGGACCAUUUGAAAACGGAGGCCAAUCUAGAUAAUUAUGACGGGGUGGUGUGUGUAGGUGGAGAUGGGAUGUUCAGUGAGAUCCUGCACGGGUUAAUCAGCAGGACCCAAACAGACAACGGUGUGGAUCAGAACCAACCUGAUGCUGAGUUGGUACCGUGUUCUGUGCACAUAGGGAUCAUUCCUGCAGGGUCCACUGAUUGUAUCUGCUUUGCCACAGUGGGAACCAACGAUCCAGUUACUUCUGCUUUACACAUCAUUGUGGGUGAUUCCCAGCCCAUGGACGUGUGCUCAGUUCACCACAAUGACAGCUUUCUCAGAUACUCUGUCUCGUUGCUUGGAUACGGUUUCUAUGGUGAUGUACUGACAGACAGCGAGAGGAAGAGAUGGAUGGGUCCUGCUAGAUAUGACCUGUCGGGGGUGAAAACCUUUCUUAGUCACAACUACUAUGAAGGCUCCGUGUCUUUCCUCCCCGCUGAGAACAACAUGGGGGAUCCCAGGGACAAGCUGCAGUGUCGAUCUGGGUGCAGCGUCUGUCAGAGUAAACCCUCAUCAAAGGACACGCAGUGGGAGAUGUCAGAGGAGAAGGAAAAGACGGAUAAAGAUGGUUGUUGGAGGACUAUCCGUGGAAAGUUCAUCGCAAUAAAUGCUGCCAGUAUGAGCUGCGCGUGCCCCCGCAGUCCAAAGGGUCUGUCGCCCUCCGCCCACCUCGCUGACGGCACCACAGACCUCAUCCUGGUCAGGAAGUGCUCCCGUCUGGACUUCCUCACGCAUCUCAUUCGACACACCAACAAAGAAGACCAGUUUGACCACUCUUUUGUGGAGGUCCACCGGGUGAGGAAGUUUUGUUUCCAGCCUCGGCAAAAUGAGAUGCUUUCACUAGAAGACCUGACUGAGACUCCACAGAAGACAGGCUUCAGGCCCAUAUGCUCUGCUCAAACAAGCUACAACUACAACACCUCCCGCAGCAGCUGGAACUGCGACGGGGAGAUACUACCUCACGCUGCCAUCCGUGUCAGUGUCCAGUCCCAGUUGAUCAGGCUGUUUGCCCGGGGUAUCGAGGACCAGCAGUUUUUGUUAGAAGAUCCUUGCACACUGUGGGCCUUGGAACCCAACACACACUUUUCAGUGGACUGAUAGCUGGAUUGGACAAAUAGCUGAGUUGCACUUGGCAAUGUUUUCCUGGAAUAUAAAUGCACCACAAAAGUGUAAACAACAAACUAUGGCAUCCUAUCCUUCCUUAGUGUAGUAACUUCAAUAAAAGUAGCUGGAAGUCCUCUCAAUGCCCUCAAAGGUGUGGCUGCCAUCCCCAACCAUUAAGAGGGGAAAAGUAGAUUGUCCAAAAAAAGUUAUUUUGCAUUCUUUGUUGUUACUAACGAGAUCCAGCACUCAGAUCUCCUCACUGCACUUGGGGCUUUAAUGUGCAAAAUUGCAUCAUGCAGCUUUAACCCCAAAACUGACACAGCUGCUAGUGCCAGUGCUGCCAAAUUUCAUACCUCCAUUUCAGUUUUUUUUAUCUGUACUUUUUAGAAAAAGGCAGAUUUUGAAGCUCAGAGGAUCUCAAGGCGCCAGAUGAAAUAAAGCUGAACAGGACUGAUCUGGACUCAGCCAUCACAAUCGGCGGGAGGGUUUUAUACUGCCAUGAAGGAGAACACAAACAGGAUUUAUCCCUGUGUAGCAAAGAGACGUAGCCAAGGAGAUGAUGCUGUAUUUGGGGGAAGAGGAAGAAAGGCCUGGAAAGCAAGCAGCCAAACUGGAUAGACAUAAAACGCCACAUGCAAUCCGAUCUUCCCUUUUUGGGAAGGAAAUACCAUUUCAUCUGUGACCCAGGUGAGAGCAGAUAUGAGCCAGGGGCACUAAUGAAAAGAGCUGAAUACCCUGCUAAUACACUAACAGGACCCUGGUGGAUUCUGGGUAAUAAGGCAAAGUGGUUGCUAAGUGAUUUGGUGUGUCUCAGCACUGCUGUGGUGCACCUGUGGCUCUGAACGCUGCUGCUUCUCCAUGGCCAAAAACCACUGAAAGUUUAAUCAUCAUGUGGGAUUAGCCAGGCUCUGAAUUCUUCAUAACUUUAAAGAUUAUGUUUUGUAUGGCUGCUAAAUUAACCUUAUUAGCUCCCUUCUGUGAAGCAAGACCAUCAGAGAACGCUAGCCUACUAUCACAUUUAUAAAAAUGUAUUAAACAACAUAGAUAAUAAAAAAUACAUUAGGCUGUGUGUGUGUGUGUGUGUGUGUAUGUGUGUGUGUGUGUGUGUGUGUGUGUGUGUGUGUGUGUGUGUGUGUGUGUGUGUGUGUGUGUGUGUGUGUGUGUGUGUGUGUGUGUGUGUGUGUGUGUGUGUCUUAAUGUAUUUGUGAAGGUGCCAAUGUGAUGAGUUAGCUCUAUCACAAUUAGCCUCAUGAGUGCCAUUUUGCAGAUGCUCUCUCACUGCAGCCAAGACAUUGAUGCUAACACAAGCACCUAAAGUACACACACACACACACACACACACACACACACACACACACACACACACACAAACACACACACACACUUUCCGUCUGUCUUUUAUGUUAUUGGAGAUAUUCAAUGUCAAUGUGUCACACACACACACACACACACACACACACACACACACACACACACACACACACACACACACACACACACACACACACACACACACUGCAGCUUUAAACACCAUAAAAGCCUGCUCCACAUUUCGAAUCCUAUAACUCUGUUAAUGCUGACUCUGAAUGUCUGUAAUGUUUCACCUCCAGUGCCCACUUGUUAGUUUAUGAUGUUAUUUCAAGGAGUGGGAUCCUUUAAAUCCUCUGAACACUCACACAAAUACACAUAUGGUCACAAAUGUACAUUCAGACACACAGAAACCAAGAAAAUGAAGCCUGCUUUCAGCUAUGACAGGUCAUCAAAGCUAAAUCAUUUAGCAAUUUGUGACUGACAAUGCAAACAAAGAUGAAAUGAAGCUUGAAUUUCUACUAACUUCUGUCCAAGCAAAGAAACGUUAAUGUUAUUGAAGCAAUAAUAAUCUAGCAGGCUUGGAAAACUAAUUUAGCCGCAUGGAAUUAAACUUGAAAGGUUAGCGCUAGUUAGCUUAGCCCGCUAACAGUAGUGCUGAUUCCCAGACAUUAAGCUACUUCUUGGUUAUGCUAAAUCAAUACCUAUCAAAUACAUAGAGAUGUUUUAACUUAAGAUAUACUGCUCUCUAUCUCUGCAUAUAUUAGCAGCAACUAAAUUGGAUAAGUGAGUUUAUUUGAUGAGAUAAUGCUCAAUAAAGUUUUUGAAAUGUGUUUCUUUUCUU